AUGCCCUCAGGUCCAGCAACCUCUCUUAAGGGGGCCAUGGUUUGUGGGACUAGGGAGCGGGACCUAGUUUGGGGGGGACUAAAGGUGUCAGCAAGUCAAGGGGAGCACCUGAGGGGCUGGACAGAGCCGAUGGGGGAGAAUGGGCGUCAGAGGUUUGCGGGACGAUCAUGGUCAAAGCCACUGCGUAGCCAUCUGAACUCUCUGGAAUCUAAAUCGGCUGCUGUUCUCCCUGUGGAAACACACAAACAGACCCCGGACUCCAGACAAUCACUGGGACGCGAUGACCAAAAAGACAAUAAAGGAUUAGAUGGCUCUAAAUCAUCACUUCUGCAAAUUACAGUGCCGGAGAAGUUUGACAAAAACACCAACCGUAAGGAUGUUACAGAAACACACGUGACCUAUAGUAUCACUAUUGAGGAGAAAACAUACAUUCUCUCUCUCAAAAAACAGUCAUAUUUAGCCCCAAAUUUCCCAGUGUUUUCAUAUAGCAAGUGGGGAUCAUUACAAGAAGAUUCUUUAUUUGUUAAGGGUGAUUGCUUUUAUCAAGGAAAUAUUGAAGAUAUUCCACAAUCUGCUGUGACACUAGACAUCUGCUCAGGACUCAGGGGAUUCUUGCUGUUAGAGAAUGUCAGUUAUGGAAUUGAACCUUUGGAAUCUUCAGCUGUAUUUGAACAUAUGAUUUACCAAAUAAAUAAUGAUCAAGUUGAAUAUCCCCCCUUAACAGAAGGUUACUCUAGGCCCCACUAUAUAGGUCAGCCUUACAGGAUUCUUGUGAAAACAGACAAAACUUCAGAGAUAACAUUGAAAACAACACUGAAAAUACAAAUCAUAAUAGAUAAAGCAAUGUUUGAAUAUAUGGACUCUGACAUAGAUGUGGCAGCUGAGAAAGUGAUCCAUAUCAUUGGUCUCAUCAAUACGAUGUUUUCCCGGCUUAAAAUGACUGUUAUGCUAUCUUCUUUAGAGAUCUGGUCAGAUCAAAAUAAGAUUUCAACUAAUGGGAGUGCUGAUGAAGUAUUACAAAGAUUUUUGUCAUGGAAACAAACAUAUUUGUCUUCAAGGUCCAAUAAUAUGGCAUACUUAUUAAUUUAUAAAGACCAUCCUAAUUUUGUGGGAGCAACGUACCAUGGAAUGGCUUGUGAUCCAAAGUUUUCUGCUGGAAUCCUUCUGGUAUGCAUUUUGUUCUCAUCUUUUCAGUAAUAAUAUCAGGCUUAGAAAGUUCGUGCCCACUUCAAUAAUCUACAUUUACUCACAUGUCUUUACGAGAUUAUAUUUUUAGCCUUUGAAACUCAAAUAUUGUAAUCAUUGAAGUGUUUGCUACUGUGGUGAAAACUCAUACAAUUUUGAGUGUACAGUUCAGGAGUGUUAAACAUAUUUACAUUGUUGUCAAAUCUCCAGAAUUUCAUUUUGCAAAACUGAAGGUCUGUAUCAAAUAAAAACUCCUCUUUUGUACCUGAUAACAAUCAAUGAACCCAAGCACUAAUUAUAAUGCUCUAAUAAAAAAAGAAGGGGGACAAUCUCAUGAAAAUAGAAGUGAUAUUAGUAAAGAAGAAGUAGUGGAUCAACGGGGAAGGAGAAAGGGAAGAAAAGAGGAAGAACUGAUAAAAAUCAGCCAAAUUAUGCUACAUACAUGUAUGUAUAUACCACAAUGAAUCCCACUUUUAUUUGUAAUAACAAUGUAUCAAUGAAUAAAAGUAUUUUAUUAUUUUUGAUUCUUUCAUAACUGGAAUUAUCAAUUUCUUUUUGAAUUAUCAUUAGUAUAUAGAAACAUCAUAUUUUUAUGUCCUGAAUUUUUGCUCAAUUUGUUUACUAAACAGUUUCUUUCUUGUGGACUCUUUAGACUUUCUAACUUGUAAAAUCAUGUAGACCACAAAUAGAGACCAUGUGCUCUAGGAAUAAAUCCCGGUUCAUCACAUUGCAUUCUCCUUUUCUAGAUUCCAUCAAAUUCUGUUUGCUGGUCUUUUGUUGGUGGUAUUUUCAUCAAUAUUUCAAGCAAAUCUUGUUUAUUUGAAAUUCCUCCUGUUGCAUUUUUAUUCCUUGGUUAGUUUAUGUCUGUUUUAAACUUUUACUUUCUCUUCCCUUUUUUCUGAGUUUCUUGAGGUAUUAAGUUGGAUUGUUUAUUUUAGAUCUCCUUUCUUUUUAGUGUAUGCACUUCUGGCUAUAAGCUGUUUCUAAAGACUGUAAAAGUAUCUUGAAUUUUUCUUUUCAUCUUCCUUUGUCUUAAGGUAUAUUCUAAUUUCCUUUGAGUGUUCUUCUUUGACUUAUUUGUUAAAAGCCGGUUUUAAAAUUCCUACAUGUUUAUCAGUAAUCAAGGUUUCCUUCUCUCCUUGAUUUCUAGUUAGCUUCAGUUGAAAUUAGAAAAGAUACUCUGCAUGACUUUAUAUUUAAAAAAUUGUUUUUUAGCGGUCUAUUCAGGAGAAUGUUCUAAAUAUACUUGAGAAUAUUAUGUAUCUUAGUUGGCUGGGUAGAGUAUUCUGUAUACUGGUAUACCAACUGGUAUAUCUUAUUGUUCAAUUUAUAUAUUUAAGUAUCAACUGCCUGGUUGUUCUGUCCCUUAUCAAAAGUCAAGUACUGAAGUUUCCUAUUCUUAUUGUGUUGCUGUGAAGUUCUCCUUUCAAUAUUUUUCAGAUAUUCCUAAUACUUUUAGGUAUUCUGAUAUUUGGUGAAUUUGCACUUUAAUGUGAAUGUAAUACCCUUCUUUUUCUCUUGUAACAGUUUUGAACCAUUUCUGUUAUAACUACCCUUCUCUUACUUUGGUUAUUAUCUGCUGAAAUAAUUACUUUCUUUCCUUUCUUUUUCAGCCAAUUUGUAUUCUUAGAUUUUCAAGUGAUUCUUUCCAAGGCAGUGUAUAGUUAGAUCCUUCUUUUUUAAACCACUUCAAUCAUGUCUGUCUUGAUUUGGGAUUAUAGUCCACUUAACAUUUAUAAUAAUUACUGAUAAGGAAGAACUUAUUGUUGAUAUUUUGUUUUCUCUGUUGAUUAUUUUAUGCAUAUGUUACAUAUACACUGAAUAUCUUCUAGAUGUUGUCCCUCCUUUCUCUCUCAUUAACUUCUUUGUGUUU